UCAAAAAUCCAACUUACCUAUAUACCUCUCCUGUGUGUUUUCAUGGCAAACCAAAGCCUCUCAAGACUUUUUUUAAUAAUUUUUCUUCUAACAAUUUUUAGCACAUGGAAUAUACAUUUUCUUUGUAAAUAUUUCAUAAAAUGAAAUAUUUGUACCAACAAUUAAAUUAAAAACAACAUUUCAAUACUUUUACGAAAAGACUUACUCCAAAAUCAAGUAUUUUAGGACAGAACAACAUUAAAAGAGGUUGAUUCUUUUUCUGUUGCCAAUAAAAAUUCGAUCAUGCUCCUUGUUAUGUGCUGAAGGAAGAAAAAAUAAAAAAAUAAAAUAAAAUAUUUAUAAGUUAACAUGGAUCCGAUAUGUGAACAGAAGUAUAACUUCUUACAAAAAUAUGUCCCAUUUUUGGCCAAUCUCAUUAAGCUGCUGGCCAAUGAUAAUGAAAAACAAGGCAAGUUGGCACAGAUGCAGUUGCUUUACGAUUUAUUGAAUAAGCCGGACAAUAGUGUCAAUAUCGAAACUCUAGAGAAGUGUGAAGAGGUUCUGAGUCGGGUCUUUGGCCAGAAUGGAGGAAAAAUCGUGAGCAUACUCUGCGAGGAAGAGUUUGUUAUGCCGAGUCCUUUGAUUAAAGCAGAACUGCCCGAGGAGCCCGAGGAUGAUGUCGAACAAGUAGAGGAACAACAUUGGCAAAAUUUGAAUGGAUCUGUUGAGCAUCGAGGUGUUGACGAGCCUUUCACGGCGACAAGCGAUGAUUGUACUAAAGAACACACAGAAGCAAGUCCAGAACAAACCAAUGGCCCCGAAGUCGAAACAUCCAAACAGGAAGUUAUUUGCAAACAUAAUAGUCAUGAAGAUAUAAUCCACGGAGAGGAGCAAAAUGGAGAAGCUCUUGAAGAGAAAUCCGAUGAAAACGAAGCUUUUAAAGAUGAAAAGGAAUCCAAUCUGAGUAUUGAAGUUAAAAAUAGUGAUUCAAGCAAUCUUCUUCAAUCUCAAAAUGAAGAAAAGACAAAACAAAUGGUAAAAGAUGAAAUAGAAAAUAAUAUAGAAAUAGAAGAAGAACAAAAUGAUCUUGACAAGUCCAAACAAAUCGGAGCAGAAAAUGGUAAUUCGAAACUAAAUGUUCCUACCGAUGAUACUAAAGUUGACGAAAAGCUUGAAAACGAAAGUAAUCCCCUUAAAGCAUCAGAAGAACUCGAAUUAGAUGAUUCAGACAAAGAUUUAACUACCCCAGUAACUGUAAAUGACCAAUCGAAUAAAUCUGAAAAAGAAGUUGAAGUAAAUGAAAGUGCAUGUACAUCCGAUAAUGAGAAGCAUUUACCGGCUAUCGAGUGUGAAAUCAGUUCCCCCUGCGUCGAAGUUAGUCAAGUUUUGGAUACUGUCCAAAAAGAUGAAGAAACGCUAAAAACACCUGAAAAAGAAGCUUUAAUUGUUCCUGAUGAUAAAGAAAUUCUAAAACAAAAUUCUUCAAUAUCAAACGAAUCCGAUUCAAGUAGUCCUUGUAAGCAAAAAGCAGAUCCAAUAGAAAGUAACACCAUGUGUAAGGAAGCACUGAAUUCUACCGAACAAGCAGACGAAAACGAUGCGAAAAUAAGUCAUAGUGUUAAACAAACUCCAGAAAAGGAAACAGCUACACGACAUAAUGAUGACCAGGCGGUCAGUCAAAACAAAUUAGAUAAAACAGACUCGCCAGAAGAAAUUCAAGAAAAAUCAAAAGCACCCGAAGAAAAUCAAAACAUAUCAGUUGAUGGCGAUGCUACAGAAAAGGAGAAAGCAACCACAGGUGAUUUAAUUAGUCAGAGCCCAACAGAGAUGUUAAGAUUCAAAAUAGUUUCAGCUGAAAGUUUGGCAUCAACAGAAACUGAUGCAAAUCCAAAAGAUAACACAAAAGAUAACCCAAAAGUUACAGAUCCCUCAGAAACUCCUUCAAGUGAUACUGCCAAAGAAGUCAAGACGACAUCUGAAACUAACAAUGAUCCCUUAGAUCCAUUGAGCCACACACCAGAAAAGAACAAAACAAGUGAAAAAAGUUCAACUUCCCCCUCAAAACACACGAACAAAGAUGAAGACGACGAUGAUGUACUUUUGGUAGAGAAUCGUUCAUCUCCCAUAUGCAUCGACUCAGACCCCGAAGAUGAGGAGAAUAUGAAAGGAAAUCGUUCCCUGCCUAUCAUUCCAGCUAAACCCGCAAUAACACCUAAGCAAAAACCAACCCUGCUUAAACCCAAUGUACGCAAGUCAACCUCAUCGGUUAUGGAAAGUAUUCGGCACAUUAUUAACAAGAACCAAAACAGUACACCCAAACGAAAGAUUCCAAUUCAACAAAAGCCAAAAGCAAUGCGUGAAGCUGGAUUUGUCAAAAAAGAUCCUAAGGCUCUAAUGGAAACUAUUGAUCUCUUAGACUCUGAUUCGGAAGAAGAGCGCCACAAUAACAAUAGUAAAAAAUCCAAAACAACAAAAAACACUGACGAUGACGUUAUUAUUGUAAGUUCCACACAACCCCAGCGCAAGCUUAUAUCUAAAAAACUAAAUCAUACUGUGCCAGCACCAAAACAAAUCCCGAGACUUUAUUCAAAACUUGCAAAUAAAUCACCCGUGAAACCUGCAACAGCACAAUCAAAUUUCUUAAAUGCUGUCAACCUCCAGCCAGCCAAAUCCAAUUCCGCAAAUCCAGCUACCUUCUCUGCACGACUAUCAAAUAAAAAAGUUAUAAUCCCAAACGCAUUUUAUGGAAAUCCUUCAUACAACCGAAAGUCAUCUUUAUCAUCGUUUUCAUCGGCAUCAUCUAGAGUAAGUGGUGGUGUUGGUGGCGGAAAAUGCGAACAGGCAUCAUCUAAUGAGUCUGCGGCAGCACCACCAACACGAGCAGUAGGUGUCUACUCCGGAGUCAGUAUUCGACAUGUGCAGGACAAAGUUUUGAAGGAGUGGCUUGACGGUUUUCUGACAAACUUCGCUAGUCCAUUGCAAAUUGCUUCGCAUGCGUGCUUUGUACUCCUCCAACGUGUCUUAAAGUAUCGAUUCUUUCAGCGAUUAAAGGAAACGCGUAUUUACCUAAAUCAAGCGGCGAAGAAUUGUUCGGAUGAGAGCGUGGAUGUUCAAAUGUUAUUAGAUUUGCGGAAUGUUUUUCUAGAAAAUGAUUAUUUAACCGAAGCGGGUAGGAGAUUUUGUCGUUUUGCUACAAACGAUGCAUUUGGUAAACCAGUGGCAUUAACAACAGACUCAAAAACCGGCCGUGUAACUUGCCGUACCAGAGUCGCUUCUAAAGGAGAUAUACCUACAGAUAUUGCUAAAAUUCCAAAUAGUGCAUUCAUUAGAAAUCCAAAACCACUUACACCAGACAAACCACCGGCUUCAGCUGUUCACCAAUCACCAAUAGCAGCAACAACAUCAGUUGCCUUCAAUCACAAAACACCUGUAAAUUCCAGUAAGACCAGUCCAUUGUCUAAUCUAUCUACUCCGCCUUCGAUUUCUUCUAAGCGAAGAGGAAAGUUCCGUAAGUUGAGCGAUGGUUUAGUUGUUGCAGAGAAAGAUGAAGAUGAUAACGAUUACACACCUAAGCAUGAUGAAGUCGAGCCAGAAGCGGAGAUCGUAACCGAAAGGAAAAGAUCUUUGCGUACAAAUCGCACAAAGCGAAAGGAGGCUGGCUUUACUUACAGUGAAGAUCAUGAUGAUGAAGAAUUCGAAGCCAUAGCCAGAAAAAUUGAGAAUAAGAAAAGGGAAGAGCUUAGAUUGGCCGAGGAGAGGGAACUAGAAAUAGAAAGAGAACAAUUAGAGCAGCAACGCAAGAUAAAUAAGAAGACUGUAGCUAAGAAGACGACAGCGAAACGUAAUGGUGGACAAGUUGUUUCAAAUUGUAAUAUUUCUACAGAUAUUCCAAAGGGACCAACUCGCAAAAAGCUUCGUUUAGCCAACACAUCAAUUGUAGGAUCUGAAGACAAUGACCUCUUAACUCCCACUUGGAUUGAAGCCGAUGGCGAAGAUGGUGAAGUGGAUAGCUUAUUAGACUUUGUUGAUGACCCCGAAUCACCACACAUGGACAAAAAUCCAGUUUUCGAAGAACACAGUGCCCGCGUUGAUACAUUUGAAAUCGAAGAUGAAACAACUGAAGAGCAGGCAUCUCAAGACUCAACAGAUAUAUUUGAUACGCAGACAAAUAAAUUACUCAAGAAUAUCGAUCGUAACCUUCAUUUACACAGUAAAACCUAUGAUUUUUGUGUUCAUUGUGAAAGAAAAGUUCCGCGGAUCGUACAUCAUUACGUGAAUGAACAUCGUUCUUCGGAGGUCUUCCCCUCUCGGCUUCGAAAUAGGGACAUUCGGCGUCUUCUUACAACAAGUAAUGUUGGUUUUGUGCAUCUCUACAAAGGCAACCAGAUUCAAUAUGCUGCGCAUUGUAUUUUUUGUGACAAGGAAGCCAAAUUCCUAUUGCCGUAUUGGUUUGAACAUUUUACAAUGCACACCGGCGAAUAUAGCUUCCGAUGCAGCGGUUGCCACAUCCUCAAACCAACAAGAAGUCUCCUCACCAAUCAUAUAACAUCCAAUACGGGUUGUCCGAAAAAGGGUUCAGCAAUAAGAUUGGUUAAUUUCGACACCAAGGUGCAUCAAAUUGAAGCGCACAUUUGUUCAAUAUGUAAUUACGUUCAAUUACACAGAAAAAACCUGCUACGACAUCUCCGGACGCAGCACGGAUUAGACACAAUUUCACCUGAUAAUAUUAUUAAAGUUGUGUUGCUCCAAAUUUCUGCUCCAACCAACGAUCAAGAUACCAUUAAUAAUGAAAAAUCACAAUUGGCGCUGCUGCAGAACUCAGACGACGAAGACCAAGGAAAUAUUAACAAUGAAUCUUUGGAUGAGAAUUCGUUAAUGAUGCAACAUGACUUUACCGAUAAUGAUGAUUUGUCAUUUAUGAUUUGUGGAAUGCUUGAUGUUCAGACGAAUUUAUCGCCAACCGGUUGAGAGAACACAUACAAAAUAAAUACUGUAGAUACAAAAUAAUUACGUUCAAUAAUUAAUUCUUGUCAUUCAUUUAUUUUCUAUCUAUACUCAGAUACGUUAGGGCUUCAGUUUUUCAUCCUCAUCUUUAAUAUUGUGUUUGUUUAAUUUACUCACUAAUUUUAAUUUUAUUGUUUUUAAUUUUUCAAAAUAAUUAUAUGUCUAUGAACAAUGCCAGAAAAUCCGCUAACACGACCAAGACAAUAUAAAAGCUGCUAUUAGGAAAUUUAAAAUUAAAGAGAAAUAGCUAUUCUCCAUUUUAUUUUGAGAUGAUACUUUAAUUAAUUAUUAACUACCCCUUUUAAAAACAAAAAGUAAAAACUAUUGUAUAUUUUGUUUGUUUUAACUUGUGUAAUUAUUGUGUUAAAUAUUUCUCUACUCCGAACUAUGAAUAUUGCUCUGGCCAUAUACAAAAGAAAAACAUAUAAUAUUUUGAGAAAAGCGAAUUGUGUGUCUCAUUUAGUUCAUUAUGUAUUAUUCUAAAGCUUGUUUGUUUUUCUCUCUCUUCACAUAUAAUUUCACACAUUUAGUUAUUGAAAAUAAAAUUAUAACAAAAACAAACUAGUUUUGUUUUGUAAAAACAAAUACAAUAUGUAGCUAACAUUUUGUGUAGUACGAAAAGUGUAUAGAUUAGUUUCAUUUAUAAGAACAAUUAUCGGAAAAAGCAACAAAUUAUCUAAAUAAUUACAUAAUUACUAUUAAAAUAAAAGUUGAGAAAACUUUAUAGUUUAGUAAAUAUCUUUAAAUAAAAUAAAAAUUUCGAUCUACUA